CAGUGGUCAUUCUAUCCUUCCAUUCAUAUAGUAACAGACUUCCAGAAUCCUCCUUCGGUUCCCGGUCUUUCUUCCCUCUCUUUCUCCUUAACUUUAUUCUUCAAACAAUGUGAUGUAAGGAGUCGAUCACAGUUGUAGAAAAUUGAAUAUCCUCCAAAUUCCUCAAUCUAAGUCCUAAUCCAAAACCCUAGGAGUGAGAAUCAAAAUCGUCAGUUCAUGAAAUAGAAAUUCAGAGAUGGAGAUUAGAGAGAGUGACAAUUUUGAUUGUUCUCGAAGGUGAUGGCGCCUUCGUCUGCGAGAAAUUCGGAUCGAACUUCGUCUUCAGCAUCCUCAAAAUCAUCGUCCAUCAUCUCUGAGCUCCAAAAUCACAAUAAUCAUCAACAACUGACCAAAAACAGCAACAAUUUAGGCUCAAUGACAGUCGACAGCUCGCUGAUUGACGCCGAGAUCACUUUAUUGGACGCCGCCGGAGCCGUGACUGCGAUUAGUGAUAACGAGUACAACGGUGGCGGCCGUGGCGGAGGGACGCCAAUGAUUCGGUCGAAUUUUGUGGCGAAGAAGACGGUGGGCGAUGUGUGGAAGGAGAUUGUGGCUGGUCGGAGGGGGCUGAGAGAGUGUAAGAAGGAGGCGCCAGAUGAGGUGACGACAUUGGAGGAAUUUCCGGCGAAGGCCGAGGUGGUGGUGGAGGAUGUGAAGGUGCGCUUGGUGCCGCCGCUGGGAGAGAGGUUGAGCGGAGGUUUUUUGGCAUUUGAUCCCAUGCCUCUGAGUCGGUUUCCAUCGCAGCAGAGUGUUGAUUCAUUUGAAGGGUUUGGGAAUGGAGUGGAAGUGAUUGGAGGAAGAGGGAAGAGGCGAGCUGUUUUGGAGCUGUUGGAUAGAGCUGCACAGCAGAGACAGCGGAGGAUGAUUAAGAACAGAGAGUCUGCAGCCCGGUCAACGUAGUGAAAGCAGGCAUACCAAGUUGAGCUAGAAUAUUUGGCAGUGAAAUUAGAGGAGGAAAAUGAAAAGCUGCUGAAAGAGAGUAAAAUAUUUAAUCUUGAAAAUUAUCUAGAAUUGUUUUUGCCUGUAAUGUUGAAUACUAUCGUGCUUUUGAACUUAUUGGUGAAUAUGUUUCAAGUUUGAGGCCUUAUUUGGAGGAUGGAAAUUGGGUUUGUUUCACCUUGAUAUAACACCUGGAAAAAUCGGAAUAGAAUUUUUUAAGUAAUUGGGUGACGACAUAUUUCAUUAAUGAUCAGAUUUUUGCCAGUGAUGUAAUUGUUGCAUGCCUUACGUUCACCCUUGAACCUUACAAGUUUAUUGUAAGAUGCAAGUGUCUUCUCACUGGAAGCUUCAUUUCAGCUUGUCAAAACCUACUUCUUUGGAUAAAGAGUGCCAUGAAUUACAUUGGAAACCAACACAACACAUAUUUUCUUAUUUGGUAUUGUCACUACUGUAACCACAACUGAACCAUCUUAAUCAG